CAGGAACAUUCGCCAGCUGGGAGACAGUGUAUGAGUGACAGGGCAAGCAACAAAUGAUAAACCAGCAGGGAUGCGGCACGUUAAGGUGCUGGAGAAUCUGGCAAAAGCACAAUUGUUAAGCAGAUGAAAAUUAUUCACCAGGAUGGGUACUCAGAGCAAGAAUGCAUUGAAUUCAGAGCUAUCAUAUAUGGAAAUAUACUGCAGUCCAUCCUGGCCAUUAUCCGUGCUAUGUCCACUUUAGGAAUUGAUUAUGGAGACUCUAGUAGAGCGGAUGAUGGACGCAUUCUCUCCCACCUGGCAGACUCCAUUGAGGAAGGUACAAUGCCUCAAGAGCUUGUGGACGUGAUAAAAAAACUGUGGAAAGAUGACGGUGUGCAAGCAUGCUUUGAAAGAGCCGCAGAAUACCAGCUCAAUGACUCCGCAGCCUACUACUUGAACCAGCUGGACAGGAUCACAGCCUCAAACUACAUCCCUAAUGAGCAGGAUGUGCUACGCUCCAGAGUUAAAACAACAGGAAUCAUUGAAUCUCAGUUCUCCUUUAAAGAUCUUCACUUCAGGAUGUUUGAUGUUGGAGGCCAAAGGUCAGAACGUAAGAAGUGGAUCCACUGUUUUGAGGGUGUCACCUGCAUCAUAUUCUGUGGGGCGCUUAGUGCUUAUGACAUGGUACUGGUGGAAGAUGAAGAAGUGAACCGGAUGCACGAAUCCCUUCACCUGUUUAACAGCAUCUGCAAUCACAAAUUCUUUGCUGCAACUUCAAUUGUCCUUUUCCUAAACAAAAAAGAUCUUUUUGAACAAAAGAUAAAGAAGGUUCAUCUAAGCAUCUGUUUUCCAGAUUACGAUGGUCCAAAUACAUUUGAUGAUGCAGGGAAUUACAUCAAACAGCAAUUCCUGGACUUGAACAUGAGAAAAGAUUCCAAGGAAAUCUAUGGCCACAUGACCUGUGCCACAGAUACACAGAAUGUUAAAUUUGUAUUUGAUGCGGUGACUGAUAUCAUCAUCAAGGAGACCCUGAAAGACUGCGGACUCUUCUGAAGUCUCUGCCAAAAAAAAAAAAAAAAGAAAAGCCCAUACCUUCCUGUGCAGAGAAAAAAAAAUUACUUUUGACCCGAAAUAUAACCUUGUCAACCCAGAACAAAAGCAGAUCACCCCACUGAAAAAUGCAGAUUCCAGCAUAAUAAUAGAGGCACACAUAUAUGGACUUUCUCCUUAGACAUUACUGGUACAAAAGGCUGACUGCUCUGCAAGUGCACAUCUUAUAUGACCUUCCACCACAAAAUGCUAUUUAAAGUGUAAGCAAUGAUACCCAUUUAUACAUCACGUUUCUCUGCCGGGUUAGUGUGUAGGCUCUGUUGAUGUCCGUUUGUUUAAGCACAGCUUGCCAGAACAGCCCAGACUGUGAUUGAAAACUUGUCAACCCAUUAAAUCUAGUUACAAGCCUCUAUACUUUUUUUUCCUUCUUCAAUUCAUAAUUUGGACUGUUGUUAAAAAGUAGGUAAUUAGGUAAUUUUAAAAAACAUGGAAUAUACUCUGCUAAUCAAGUGCUGAGUAUAUAUAGAAACAAUGUUUUGCACAAAUUAACGUAUUAUAGAUUUGCAGUAAAGUCUAGCAUAAAUCAGUACUGAAUAGUACCCUUUUACCUUAACCCAAAUAACAGAGCAUUCCCAGCACAUUAGAAUAUCCAGCAGCAAAAAGGCUCAACAAUAUAUAUUGGCAUGAUUUCCUAUGCAGAGUGAGAAACAUUAUAGGAGGGAUACAAAUGGUGUAACAUUUUUGAAUCACUAAUACGUUCAAAGAUAUAUUUCUUUAAAAGAGAAGAAUGAACCAAAAAGAGAGAAGAGAGAGGACACGUGCUGCAUGUCUCACCAUUUUAAUACUGUGUACAAGACAGUGUUGGAGUGCAGAGCAAUGUACAGGAGUGCGAGUGUAAAAAGUAGCACUGAUUUGAAUGAAUGGCUGAGGAAUGAUUAAUGAAUGCCAUGUGGGAACCAAUAUUACUAAAUAUGUGUGCCCGAUGCACACAAUAAGGAAUGUAAAAAACGUAAAAACUAAAAAA